AUGGCUAUUCCACGUGCUUCAAAUGAGACUUCCUAUUUGCUGCCUCCAAACAAGGAGGACUGGGAAGGGCAUGGCAUUCCUGACUUUGUCUAUGGGCAGGAGGAACUCGUGAUGGAAGGGGUUCAGUGGCCAAGGGGCGCACUCAGCCUCCUGAACACGCCACCACUGUCUCACUUUGACUCUGCUCUCUGCUCAGCCUGGAGGCAGCGGAUGGAGCUGGGGCUUUUCCGCUACCCCCUGGGAGCGCUGCCAACCCAAACCCUGCCUGGGACCGUGGGUUUUGUGGCUCAGCUGAAUGUGGAGCGAGGUGUGCAGAGAAGGCGCCCCCAGAACAUCAAGAGCGUGAGGCAGGAGUUUGACCCUGAACAGUUUAACUUCAACCAGAUUCGGCCGGGAGAGGUCCUUUUCCGUCUGCACCGGAAACAGGAUUGCCCCAGCACUGUGCAGCAAGAGGACAUCCUGGUGGUGAUCAACAUCAGCCCCUUGGAGUGGGGCCACGUGCUGCUGGUGCCCGAACCCGCCCGAGGGCUCCCCCAGCGCCUGCUGCCCGGGGCACUGCGGGCCGGGGUCGAGGCUGUGCUGCUGAGCUCACACCCAGGCUUCCGCGUGGGCUUCAACAGCCUGGGCGGCCUGGCCUCGGUGAACCACCUCCACCUGCAUGGCUACUACCUGGCCCACCGGCUGCCCGUGGAGGGGGCCCCCAGUGAACCCCUGGAUCCUCGGGGUCGUCUGCAUGUGCUCCAGGCUCUCCCAGCUCCGGGCUUCCUCUUUUACACCAGUAGGCCAGGGCCUGACUUGGAAGCCUUGGUAAGCAGGGUGUGUCGGGCCACUGACUACCUGACUGACUGUGACAUUGCGCAUAACUUGUUUGUCACCCGGGGGGCCCCACCUGGAAAGACAGCAUCUUCCUCAGCUCUCUCGGGAGUCCGGGUCAUUCUGUGGCCCCGGAAGCCCAGCUUUGGGAUAAAGGAAGGUGAGGCAUUCAACGUUGCCCUCUGUGAGCUGGCUGGGCACCUCCCGGUCAAAACGGCCCAGGACUUCAGCAGCCUGACCGAGGCGGCAGCUCUGGCCCUCAUCAGAGAAUGUCUGCUGCCCCCAGCCCGGGCAGAAGACGUGCGGGCGGCGCUGGUGGCCUUGAUAGGCCAGGAGGAACAAUAA